AUGGAAAAUUAAAACGAAAAUCCAGUAGAGACCGAUGGGGAACGAGAAAUUUCACAAAAUCAAUAAAAUUAGGAGUCUUAACAAAAAAAUGAAGACAAUGAAGUUAUACCAAAAGAUUAAGAAUUGGAAGGGGAAAGUGAGUAAUAGAGAGAUGAAAAUGAAUAGAAAAAUGAUUAAUAAAUCAUAAAAAAUUCAGCAGUGAAUGUAAAUCAAGAAGAAAAUGAAUAAUAAUAAUAACCAUAAAUCCCAGUAUUAAUUGAAAACGAGAACUUAAAUAUUUAGGAAUAUUUAGAGAAAUAGCUGGAAAGGUAUAGAAAAAUAGAAGCUUAAUGUGUUUAGUAAAAAGACAAAGGCGUGCUUAAACGCAUAAUAUCUACUCUUGAGGGUCAAUUAGAAAAACUGAAAUUUAAUAUAAUAGAACCAAUAACGAAUGAUGUCAGCAACUUUGGUGGGAUCAGUUUAAUUAAAGAACUUGAAUAGACUGAAGAGUCUUUCUUUUCGUAGUCUAAGAUAUAAUCCCAUCUCAAAGACGUAUAUAAAUUCUAUUCUAAAAUAUUCUAUGUAAGAGGUCCAUCAGAUGAUUUCACGAGAAUCAAUCAUGAAUCCUAAACCCUAACAGAGGGUAAGUUUAUGAUCUUCUGUCGAUAAUUUGGGUUGAUAGACGAGAAAGUCCAUCACAUUAAAACUUAAUCGAAACAGGGAGAAACAAAUAGAAUUUUAAAUGAUACAGUUGCAAACAAAUCUAUUAAAGGGAAUCCUGUCUCUACAAGGAAUCAUCCAUAAGACAAUAUGAGAAUAUUGCCAUUUAAAGAACUAAAUCUACUAUUUAGGAGAGUUAAUCAAAAUCAAAAUGAAAUUACAUUUAUGAAUUUUGUCCUUGUAUUGAGGGAACUCUCUAAACUAAUGUACUAAGAAGAUUAGACAAAGGCAGAAAUUAAGUUGUUUCGAUAUAUGGAAGUAGAUUCAACUUAAUAUAAGAAUAAAUUGAAAUCUUUGAAUAUCCCAUUUGAAUCAAAAGAUGAGUAAGGAUUCAGAAAACCAGAGGGUUUGUAAUUGCAAAGAUUUGCAAAUUAUUCUACUGAUGAACUCAAAUCUAGGAGAAUUUUGGUAGAAGAAUGGAAGAGUGUAAAAAAAUAAGAAUUGAGAGAUAAAAUGAUAUCAUAAAUGGAUCAAUCACGAUCUAAAUCAAUUAUGUUUGAGCCAUCUUACAUCAAAACGAGUAACUAUAGGGAAAGAAAGUUAAGGAAGAUUGGUUUAGAUGCAAAUACUCAUUAGGUUGUGAAUUGGGAGAAAUUGGAUAAAUUAGAUCCAAAACUACUAUUACAUGAGGAAUUCAAGCCAGAGGAUUUAAUAGAAGAAGAUGAGGAUGAAGAUGAUAAAUACUACUUGAAAAGUUAUGACUUAUCUAGAUAAAACAAUGGAAAUGCAUAGAAGAAGAUUUCAUCAUUGGAUCAGAGAUCAUCGUAGUCUCAAUUAAAGACUGAAUCUACCAAAAGGUACAUCUAGAACAUUUCUAAACUUGAACACAAACUUGACAACAAAUCUGCUUACAUUAAACUGCCCAGAUUAUAGAAUAAAUGA